AUGGCACCCUCACAUGCUGGCAAUGGAAAAGAGUCUGGAACUGCUAGGGUGCUUGGCUCUGGUGCAUCUGGCGUAGCAGAGCUUGUAGUCUUCCACCCUGUGGAUACGGUCGCCAAGCGGCUUAUGAGCAACAAGUCCAAGGUGUCGAUGUCAACACUCUCUCCAAUCAUUUUCAGAGACUAUGCUAGUGCAUCCGUUGGACGGAAGUUUCUAUCUCUAUUCCCUGGACUCGGCUAUGCUGCAGGCUACAAGGUUUCUCAGCGUAUAUACAAAUUUGGCGGUCAGCCGUGGUUCAACGACAUUAUUUCACGAAAUUACAAGGAUGACUUUACACGUCUCUUUGGGGAACGCAAGGGGAAAAUGUUAAUACAAGCAACGGCUGGAAGUUUGACUGGUAUUGGUGAAGUGGUCCUUCUGCCAUUGGAUGCGCUUAAGAUCAAAAGGCAAGUUAAUCCCGAGGCCUUCCGUGGACGAGGUGUUGUCCGGAUAUUCAUGGAAGAGGGAACGACAGUUGUAUCGUGGAUGGGGCUGGACCAUGGCUCGAAAUGCUCCAGGUUCUUUUGCUGUGAGCACCAUCUCUUUGGUGCAUCGGCUGCCACAAAGGAGAUGCUGGGUGUCUCAGAUUACUCGAAAGCCACUUGGACGCAAAAUUUCAUAGCCUCCACUCGUAUUCAAAAUGCAAACUUUGAACACAAGGUUCCUGGCACAACGGUUGUGAAAGACCUUCUCCGCAAUGAGGGCCUAUUCGCCUUCUUCAAAGGAUUGACCCCCAAGAUCCUCGUUGUGGGCCCGAAGCUGGUCUUCAGCUAUACCCUUGCUCAGUCACUAAUACCCCUAUUUUCCAAUUACGUAUAG